GAAUUCUUAGGAAAUCUGAGCCUAACUAAUCAGUUUUCACUGGUCGAACUGCAGAAACUGACUAGCUGAAAGAACUCGCACUGUAUCAAGCGAUCGCAUUCACAAGAGAAGCACAUUCCUUCAAAAGAAGGAGUGGCUAGAUAAAGGAAAAUGCAGAGAAAUGCAGGUGUUUAAACUCACUGGACACCUUUCUCCCCCAACUCCGAUAAAGCGCAGCUGGACGUGAAGAGAAGUCGGGUCUUCCCAAAUUUCCUCGAACGAGGAAAGGCAAAAAGAAGUCUGCUGACGAGAAGGUUGGAAGAGAACUGUUGUAAAAACUUCGAACGAUGGAAAUGCAAGUAUCAGAAUCUGGGACUGCAACUCUGCCUUCUUCAGGCAAAAGAUCCAAGGCAAAAGCCCCAGCGCCACCAAUAAUCUCCAAGCAUGUUGAGAGUUCUUCAAUAAAUAAGAGCCUAGAGGGUGAAAGUAAAACCAUGGAACAGGAAAACAACAAUGUGAACACACACUUCAAUUUGACUGUGGUUCUGCCAGGAGGAGUGGAGCACUCGACCAGUAUAAAUGGAAGCACACCCAUGAUGGAUUUGUUGAUUUUCCUUUGUGGCAAGUAUCAUUUGAAUCCUUCAAAUCAUACAAUAGAAUUAAUGGGAAGGGAGAAGAAUCAAGUUCAGUUCAAGCCGAACACUUUGAUUGGAGCAGUUGAAGUGGAGAAACUUAUUCUAAAGCAGAAAAAUAUAGAAGAAAAGAAGACACCUAUAUCACUGGUGCCUGAGCAAACAGUACGUGUUGUAGUAAACUACAAGAAAACACAGAAAACUAUAGUGCGUGUUAGUCCUCUUGUUCCUCUUCAAGAACUAGUUCCAGUAAUCAGCAAUAAAUGUGAAUUUGAUCCAAAAAGCACUAUUCUCGUCAAAGACUUUGAGUCUAAGGAGCCCUAUGACUUAACAAAAUCUCUAAAGGAGCUUGGCAUACGAGAAGUAUAUGCAUUGGACACUAGUGUAGGAUUCUCUGAGGCUAAUUUUCAAGGUGGAUCCAUUCAGCAAGGACAGUUUCACAUUCCAGCAAAUGCAACUCUGGAGAAGGAAAACAAGGGAUUCUUCAACAUAUUUAGACUGAGUAAGAAGAAACGUGAAAAACCAGCAAGUGCACCUGCAACCCCACUAGUAAGUCAGCAAAGACCACUUGGCAUGAGCAGUGCAAGUGCUUAUUGCCCAACAUAUGAAUCUAAUACUUUGCCCUCAGAUCUUCCGAAGAAAAGACGAGCACCUGCACCACCGCUAUCUGUUUCACAGAGUUUUCCAAAAGAUUUAACUCAGCAAGCAUCAACUAGACCAACAUCAUAUGUUUUUCCAGAUGCUCCUGUCAAUUCUACUGAACAGGUCUCUCAAAACAUGACAGGUUCCAGCAGACAAAGAGUGGAGUCACUAAGUGGUGGAGUUGCAUCUACAAAAAAGACCAAAAGGAAGGCUCCCUUGCCUCCAACUAAAAUAGAAGACCAAAACACCCAAGAUAAUAAAUCAGAUUCUAAUCAAGGAUCAGUGGAUUUAUGUCCAAGUCCUGACACUGCAGAUAAGGCUUCUGCUAGUAAAAUACCAUAUACCUCAGCUGAUGAUCACGCUGGCAUUGGAUCGGAAUGUAACCUUGAAGAGAUUAUUGAAACAGAAGAAAUAAGAGCUGCAGACAUUGAUGAUACAAAAGAAGCUAUUGUUCAAAAAGCGGAAGAGGUGCUGUGCCCACCAAUUUCCACAGAUGGUACAUCCAGUUCUCAAAGUGUACAGACUUCAGAUCCUGCCAACUCGGAUGAGCAUUGUUCUUAUACAGUGACAAAUAAAGAAGCUGAUAUCAAAUCUGAGGGCAAAAUAAAUACAGCAGAAGAUGUGUGUCACCAAAUAGUGACAGAAAAGGGUAAAAAUUUGAUAACAAAUGUGGAUGUGGAUCUGUCAAUGGCAAACGCAAAUGUUGAAGAACCAGUAAUUGUGGAAAAUGUACGCAAUGAUAUGCAUCAGGGAGAUUCUGAUGGAAUUUCAACCAUGAGGACCAUGUUACCACCUGAUGAAGGAAUAGCAGGACAGUCUACUCAAACUCCAGAAGAAAAAAGCACUUGUAGUGAUGCAAGGACCAGUCCUGCGGCAAAACAUUCUGCCAAUUCUCAACCAUCAAAUGUAACUGAUAAAGACAAUCGAAAAAUUUCAGACACAGUGGAGAUCAACGAGCUGGAAAUUAAAAAAAAUAAUUCUGAAGAGUCUGAUAAAACAGUGGAUUUCCAGAAUGCCCAUUAUACAAAAACAACAGAGAGUACCGUUACCCUAACAUCUGAUACAACUUUGACAAAUACAUCAGAAAGUACUUCUGAACAAUACCCACAAGUCAAUAAUUUCACCGUUGCUCAGACGACACCAGCAAAGCAACAGAAUUAUGUGUCAUCAAAUACGUCUGCUGAUGCAACGGCACGCACACUUGCUGAUAAGCAGGAUAAGAUGUCUAUUAACCAACCAGCUACAGAAUCCUCCGCAUCCAAUGAUCCCCGUGCAUCAUUGCCAACCAAAGUUGCCACCAGAAGUCCAGAAAGUCCGACAAAGAUUCCAGUGCUAUAUAAGUGUGAGUCUGAGCCUAAGCCCAAGCCUUCAAAUGAAAUCACAAGAGACUAUAUACCAAAGAUUGGAAUGACAACCUAUAAAAUUGUCCCCUCAAAGUCAUUAGAAAAUGAAGCAUUUGUCACAUAUGGAGUCGUGCCAGUAGCUGAAAUAACAGAUCAGCAAAAAGGAUCUUAUGAUGUUGUCCCAGUGCCUGACACUUCAAAAGAGUCAACAAAGCUGCCUGGUACCUUAGAAGAACCUCUAACCAAUGUUAUAAGAGAGCUAACUGCUUUUCACCAAGGAGCUAAUUUUGAUAAAAGUGCUAAAGGGAAAUCCAUUAAUUCUGCCAUCCAAACUCAUCACCCAGAAACAACAGAUUCCAAAUUGCUUGCUGACAGUGAAGAUGGGCAAUCCAAGGUGUUAGUAAAUAGAAGAACCCAGAGUACUUCAGAGAGGAAAAUGAAGCCUGGAUCAGUCUUCCUCCAGCUGCAUAAAAGGAGCUCAGGACAAUAUGUUACCUCUGCACUUGCUAGAAGUUCUAGUUUACCUUCUCAAUCUAGCUUAGAUAGAGAUAACACAUUCUUACCAAAAGAAGAAAAUGGUGUGUCAGUUCAGGAAGUUAUUCCAACAAAUGCAGAUGAUCUAAAUGUUAUAAUUCCACCACCUCCAGAAUUUGCUGCAAUUUCUGAAGGGAAUGCCCAGAAAGAAUUGCCCAAAUCUGGGGAGACACCUAUAUCUCGACCUUCGAUACCUCCCAAAGUACCGAAGAAGCCAUCUAUUCGUGUAAAAUUAGAUGACACAAAAGCUGUCAGAACUACUGUUGUUGCUGCAAGAACAUACAGUCCUACCUCACCAUCACCUUUUGCUCUUGCGGUGUCUUCAGCAGUCAAGAAAACACAAACAAAUCCAACAUAUUGCUUUAAACCCAGGAGUGCUGGAAUGGAUUCAUCAACCCUGUCCUCUCCAAUUAAUUCUGCAGAAAGAGAAUUGCAUCCAGCUUUAACGGUUCAUAAUGAGUCCAGUCACAACAGCUUACCGAAACAGACUUUGUCUCCUGUAAGAGGGCCAGAAGUGGAUUGCUAUAUAAAAGUAGGAACUGAGGCACAGCACAUUCAACCACAGUUGCCAUCUCCUUUAAGUAAAUCAAAACCUGCUUUAAUUUCCCAAAUGAGUGAUCCAGGAGAAAUUCAUCAAGCUGUACUGGAUGCUAUUCGCUCAGGAGACGGAGCUGCCAAACUUAAAAAGGUGGACACACUUACCACAAUGUAACUACAUGCAUUAAUAAUUUACUAAAACUAAGUUGAUCAGCUUUAAUUUGAAAUUUAUUCAGUUACAACUGAGAAAUUGUCCAGCAAUUAUUAAACUCUGUAGUAUACAGUCACAAAUAUCUUCUUGCACUACAUUCUGCAAUUCACUGGAAUAUGAGGGGCCUUGGCUCAAAAUUGAUAGCUGUAAUUGUGAACCUGAAAAUACAAAUACCUGUACUAUAUAUAUGUUGUAUGUGAAAAUUAUGUGCACUUAUAACCAAAACAAUCUCAAUUUCACAUCUUUAAUCUAUCUUUCACUACAAAAUCAACAUUUUUGCAUACAGAUUUUACACUGUACAUAAAAAGAUAUAAUAAUAGUAAAAACACUUUUGUAAUAAGGACUAAAAUAUUUUAAAUGUAAUUGACAAAUAUAUGUUGCCAAUUUAUUUUUAAAUCCAACUACUGUCUUCAGCCUUUCUGGCUUUUAUAAUUUAGUGAUAUGCCCUCCAAUUGCUCAACAAGAAACCAGCCAAUAUUUGGUUCUCCUGAUGAGCAUUCAGCAGUGUUGUAUUUCCUUGUUGUAAUUUCAGGUCUCAGAUGUUCCCAAAACUAUGGGUUUAAUCUUUUUGGCCAAUGGGGCUAAGAUCAAGUUAGUAUGUAGGUGCAGGACACCUGGGAAAAACAGGGGAAGCCAUGUAGAUAUGCCAUCAGGUUAAUUUUCCAUGGUUAAGAAUGGACCAUGAUCAACAGCCUGUACUUCAGAGACAGGCAGCCGAGUGAGAUAAUUUAAGGUUCCAAUUAGUGGUGAUUUUCUAAGUACGCCAGUGUUUUGAUAUCUGUGGAGAUGUCCUUGCCAUGUAUAGAGGCUACCAUCACAAUGGAGGUGAGCUGCUUUUGGCAAACCGUAGAGCUCUCAGAGCUGGAGGGUCCACUUCCCGAAGGAGGGAGAUGUGGGCAUGAACACUCCUGCCUGCUGCCAAAAAUAAAAUCCACCUGGGAGGUUUUCCCCUCUGCUAUGAGAGGCCUGGUAGCUUUACCACUGAAAAGUUUUUAUUUAAAUGAACAUCUCCGAAGGCACCUCCAUGUCGAGGUAUCUUAUAGGCCUCAAAUCUGCCUCACCUUUCCUGUGUUGUGUGGAGGCUCUGAAUCUGCUUGCCUUCUGAUUGCUUUGGUAUCAUUGGGAACUCACGCACUGCCCUUAAUAGUUUAGUGAGCACAGAGGCAGCCAGUUAAAGAGGCCGUCACUGGGAAGAUUGCACCUUCAAAUUGCUGCCAGCAAAUGGGAACUUGGGGAUCGUCAUCUGGUGCCAACAUUGGGGUCUGAAAGCCUGCUGUAAAAUCUAGUCUUUUAAUGAACUCUUUACCUCUCCAGCAAUUAGAAGCAUUUAUAGAAUCAAUUAGCUGGCACUUUACUUCAAACUUAAAAGCCAAAUCAAUAGGUACUUGAUUGUGUCAUACAAAUAAAAGCAUAUCAAAUAUUUGGUGGAAGUUUUCUGUAGAUGGUAACUAGCUUGCACUCUUACUAAACUGUUACAAGAACAUCUGUCAUAUGAAGUGUUAUGCCAAGAAAUGAAUUAAAAUUGAUAUAUAAAUCUUCAGCUUUAAUGUUUCAAUUAUUAGUUUGAUUAAGAAAUAUCAGUUGAUGAAUUAUCUUUGAAGAAAAUGUUCAUAUAAAUGUGUAAUUAAUUUUGCUUAAUGUAGAAGUAAAAUGAAACAAAUGCAAAUAAUGUAUCUAAUAUUACUCCUGGAAACAAUUAAUUCAAUAUGUCUGUAUUCAAUACUUUACUCAGUCAUUGAAAAGCAAUUUUACAAUGGGGCAAUGGAAUUCUAAUGUAUAAAAUGUCUUAGGUUAGCCAAUUUAUAAUAAUGCUUGUCUUUGCAAAACUUAUGAAAUAUUUAUAUUGAAGUAAAAACACUGUCAAUAUGA